AGUUCGAAUGUUACUACGUAUAUAUUCUGCGUCAAUCGGUUUGACAACGCUACCGUUUGACGAGGAAAACAUCAUUUAACGAAGUCGUUUUUACCUAAAACAGAAGAGGAGGUUGGAGCCCUCAUAGGGCAUGUUCAUUUUUUUCAUUGACCAACCAGAGUUUUAAGGUUAAAGAUGUCUCUGGCGGAUGAGCUCCUGGCCGAUUUGGAGGAGGCCGCUGAUGAGGGGGAUGAUGGGUUGUAUCCAGAGGAGGAGGAGGAGGACAGUGAUGGAGAAGCUACGCAGGGAAGGACGGAAGCAGGGCUGGAAGACAUCCCAGAAGAGAUGGAGGUGGACUAUAGCAAAGCGGAGAGCGUUUCGUCCAUUGCGAAGCUCCGCAAUAGCAAACAGUUUUCAGAAAUUAUGGAUAAAAUUACGAUCUAUAGUGGAAAACAGCACAAGAACUCAGAGGACUCCGGCCCGGUCGAGUCUAACCCAGAAUACAGACUGAUCGUCGCAGCCAAUAACCUCACAGUGGAGAUCGACAAUGAGCUCAAUAUCAUUCAUAAGUUUACUCGGGACAAGUACUCCAAGAGGUUCCCAGAGCUUGAGUCUCUGGUGCCAGAUUCUCUAGAUUACAUCCGCACGGUCAAGGAAUUGGGAAACAAUCUGGAGAAAUGCAAGACCAAUGAAACUCUGCAGCAAAUCCUCACCAAUGCCACCAUUAUGGUUGUCAGUGUCACAGCCUCGACCACACAAGGGACACUACUAAGUGAAGAUGAACUGAAUCAACUAGAGGAGGCAUGUGACAUGGCUCUGGAGCUAAACCAGUCCAAACACAGGAUCUAUGAAUACGUAGAGUCCAAGAUGUCAUUCAUUGCCCCCAAUCUGUCCAUCAUUGUUGGAGCGUCAACCGCUGCGAAGAUCAUGGGUAUCGCGGGCGGCCUCAUCAACCUCUCAAAGAUGCCCGCCUGUAACCUGAUGCUGCUUGGAGCACAGAGGAGAACGCUGUCUGGCUUUAGCAGCACAUCCUUGCUGCCCCACACCGGAUACAUCUACCACUGUGAUGUUGUGCAAUCACUUCCACCGGACCUCCGGAGAAAGGCAGCUCGUCUGGUGUCUGCAAAAUGCACUCUGGCUGCCCGAGUGGACAGUUUCCACGAGAGUUCAGUUGGCAAGGUUGGCUACGAUCUAAAGGAAGAAAUAGAAAGAAAAUUUGAUAAAUGGCAAGAACCUCCGCCAGUGAAGCAGGUCAAGCCGCUGCCGGCUCCUCUGGAUGGACAGAGGAAGAAGAGGGGAGGAAGAAGGUAUCGAAAGAUGAAGGAGCGUCUUGGACUGACGGAGAUCAGGAAACAUGCAAACAGAAUGACCUUUGCAGAGAUUGAAGAUGAUGCGUAUCAGGAGGACCUGGGCUUCAGUCUGGGUCAGCUGGGAAAGAGCGGCAGCGGGCGUGUCAGGCAGGCUCAAGUGAAUGACGCCACCAAGGCCAGGAUUUCCAAAUCCCUACAGAGGACCUUGCAGAAGCAGAGCAUGACGUACGGAGGAAAGUCCACAGUCAGAGACCGCUCCUCCGGAACCAGCUCCAGUGUGGCGUUCACUCCUCUUCAGGGCUUGGAGAUCGUGAACCCGCAGGCUGCAGAGAAGAAGGUGGCUGAAGCCAACCAGAAGUACUUCUCUAACAUGGCGGAGUUCCUCAAAGUCAAAAAAGAAGCUAAGCCGUGAACACAGACACACAUCCGCACGCGACACUGUAGAGUGACGGCAUAUUCUCAAUCUCGUUCCACAUGUGCUCUGUCCUGUAUUUUGGUUUUACUCUUGUCCAUUUUAAUAAAACUUUAAGAUUUCACAAAGCGUCUCGUCUUCCCUAAAAUAAAAAAUCCUUUACUGUACAAAGUAAAUGAAUACACUGAAUCUCAACCCAUUAGCUGGAUUUUGAUACUUGGCCACAUCCACCGUAAAGCUCCGUGGCUAACUCAUUUAUUAAAUGAGUGAAUCCAUAUUCAAUUUUGGAAUGACAGGACACAGCUCUGAUUUUUUUUUUUUUAAAUGUCUUAGGUAUUUAUUGAAAUUGUACAAUUCUCUUUAUACUCCUGUUUUUUAUAACAUCUUCCAUGCAGAACUGUGAGAAAUUGUAAAUACACCUUCAAAUUCACAUUUUAGCAAUUUCUGUACUGACCAUCCCUUUCUGAAAACCUUGAAAGCCCAAAAAUAGAAUCCUAUAAAAGGCAAAUCUCAUGACUUUGCUGUAUUUUCACAUUCUGAUUUCCCCCCAAAGUCUGAAAAUUAAUCAAGCAUAACAUUUUAAAUGCACAACAAAUCUAAUGUUUUCAUGGUUGUUUAAAUGGAAAAAUCUGAUUCAGUUUAACUCUCCAUUCAGACUGCCAAGGAAAGAUUGGAUCUGUCCCACACAAGAUGUAAUGUUAUUGUUCUUCAGUGUACACAUGAACAACCACAGCAAAGUGGCCAUUUCUCCCACCAGAAUUCUAGAUUUGUGUCUUCACGCUACAUGUAAACAGUUUGAGUGCAUAUGGGUUCACUUAAAAUAUCAGGUGAUAAUCAAACACUGGGGAUUUUUAGGAUGAAGUGACUGAAACCGAAUAAAAUCUUUAUGGGAAGUUGA